AUGAACGAGAUUAAUGAACCUGCCAAGAUGGUAUAUUUUUCGCUUCAUGAAUGGCUAACUACUCCAACUAGAGGCCCACGGGACCGUGCUACAAAUGCUAAGAGAGCCCUUGUUACACUCCUACUUUUCAUCCUGCCUUUGACUGCAGCGGUCGUGGAAAAUGUUGUGAUUGAUAUGUACUAUCUACCAUUUCCUGUUUGGUUACACUGGAUAAUCUACGCAUUCGAGUUCCUUGCAUUUAUCGCGUUGGUGUACGGUUUAUUUAAGGAGAAAACGGAACUUAUCUUACCUUUUAUAAUUAUUGAGAGUAUAAAAUUAUUAAUCUGGGGUGGAUACACAAUAUUUUAUCUUAUUCGGCUGAUCAUCAAUGAAGUAAAUGGCGAAGGAGGCAGUUUUGAACCGAAGACUGCUGUUGUUCCAGGGAUUAUGUCGGUGAAAACCGACUACUACGAAGACGAAUAUGGACGAAUUCGCUUUGGUGCUAGUGAUCACUGGUCAAAUUCCUGGCUCUCAAAAGUUGUCAACCACUUAGCGAUCUUAUCAACGAUCCAUGUCAUAACUGUUUGUGCAGCUGUCUCUGUCUAUCAGGCGAUCCAUCAUAUCCUCCACAAUGAAGAAAGACAACGUCUAGCGACUCCGCACACAGUCAAUACUGUUACUGUUCCACAGUCUCUUGAAAAUGAGACAGUGGCUACAACAACAAAAACUACAACGCAACAGAAUCCAGUAAGGAAGGAAAUGUUUAUGCAACAUUUGGUGGAAGUGGGUGGCGAGGCUACUCACGGGCGUGUUUCGAUGGAGGAGUCGAUUUUUUAA